CACCCACGAGAGAUUAAAUAGAUGGAGAAAUAGAGCAAUAUGAAAUGCAAUGGCUUCUUCAAAUGACAAAGACAAAACUGUGCAGGACAGAAAAAAUAAAGCGAAGGCUAUGAGAGAAGAACGGAAAUUAAGUGAAUCAGACGAAGAAUAUGAAUUGAUUGAUGCUACUGAUGCGACAGAUGGAAGCGAGGCAUAUACCUAUCUAGUCACAAGAAAGUUAUUGACAGUCGAUUUUUCUUGCCAAUCAAACUAUGUACAGUUUGGUAUUGGAGGUGCUACUGGAUGGUUGACAGGUUAUAUGGUGGGUAAAGUUGGUAGAGCUAUGGCUGCUGCAGUUGGAGGAAGCAUUCUGUUGAUAAAUAUGGGUACACGAGCUGGCUACGUUACAGUAGAUUGGGAAAAAGUGGAUAAUGAUAUGCGAAGUGCUAGUGACAAAGUGAAUCGAAAAAUACAAGAACAGAGGGAAGAUGAAGAAACAAAGAGGCUGUUUGAUAAGGGUAUUUUGUUCAUACGACGUAACGUGGUCAUGGUUGGAGGUUUUGCAGCUGGAUUCUUUCUUGGAAUGGCUUCGUGAUAUCAAUAAAUAAAGAGUUUUCUUGAAGUUUAUUUUACGAGUUUUUGAGACCAAGGAAGAUGGUUGCGGCUCAACAUAACAUAAGCACGACUUUAUGUUAAAUAUUCAUUUUGUUUACGUCCCGCGUAUUUUGUAUAUUUGUACACUAAAGUUGCUUAGAAAUUUUGCAGAUUUUUGUGCAGUUACGUUAAUUUUUAUACAAGCCUCAUCGCUCAAGCUUAAGAGAAUGUAAUAAUUUCUGCACAGACAUGUAGCAUAUCCGCAACAAACUUGUUUUGCCCUCGUCUCAAUGGUAAACCGUAUAAGUUGAGAUUUCUGAUUCUAAAUGUAGUUAUUAAUUACAGCGGACGUCUUUAUUUUUGUUGUUUUUGUUUCUGUAAAAACUAGUAAAUUUUACAAGAAAAACGAGAUGUAAUUUAUAAUAAUUUUUGUAGUAAAAAUAUUAGAAA